AUGGCCAGACUAUGCCUCGGUGCCCAGACAUGGGGACCUGAUGACUGGGUCAUGUUGAUUGCUGUGGGCAUGAUGAUACCCCUCAACGCAUUGUCCAUUCCCAUUUCACAAGUCGCUCUUGGAAAAGACAUGUGGAAUGUCAGUCCUGAUGACGUCACGAAGUUCCUCUACCUGUUUUACUGGGACGAGUUGCUUUACCUGGGAGCAUUGCCAGUCACCAAGAUCUCGAUCUUGCUAUUCUAUCUCAAGAUCUUUCCCCGCAGGGAGAUCAGAAUUGCGACAUACGUUAUGAUCGGUCUCAAUGUGGCGUACUUUAUUGUCUUCGAGCUGAUUUCGAUCUUCCAAUGCCGGCCUAUCGAUGGCGCGUGGAGGGCAUGGGACGGAGAGUACCAGGCCAAGUGCAACAACAUCAACAUCCAGGGAUGGGCAGCGGCAGUCUUCAACAUCCUCCUUGAUCUCGGCACCAUGAUCCUUCCUCUGGGCGAACUUUACAAGCUCUCCAUGUCGAUGAAGAAGAAAAUCCAGAUCAUGCUCAUGUUCAGCGUUGGCUUCUUUGUCACCAUUGUCAGUGUUGUCAGACUCCAAUCUCUGGCCAGCUAUGCCACCACCAGCAACGUCACCCAGGAUUAUGUGGAGGUCGGGUACUGGAGUACCAUCGAGGUCCCAGUCGGCAUCAUCUGCGCAUGCAUGCCCGCCAUUCGCUCGUUGUUCAGUCUGGUCUUCCCCAAGGUGUUCGGUACUACGCAGCAAAAGUCCAACUACGCCAAUCUCUCGGGUUCAAACCAGAAGCCUCUGUCAAGUUCGAACAAACUUUCUUCGAAAGCCUCCUCUCUCAAGGCGAUCCGAGUCAAGAAGGAGUUCACCAUCAGGUCAAAACGUGGAGACGACGCGUCAUUCAUCGAGCUCAACCACACGCCAUUCACGAACGAACACUCAUCAUCACGCCCAUCAUCUGACAGAAAGUUGGCCACACCACAUGAAUCUGUGUAG